ACGAGCUCCACCUACUCCCCCCACCGCGAUCGGCGUUGCUGUUGGGAUGGAAGGACGCAAGGGUGGGGAGCUCGGGUCGGCGUACAAGGUCACCAUGCGCAACGGCGUCACCGUCGCCGUGAAGCGGAUGCGCGACAUGAAUCGCGUCGAGUUCGAGGAGCACAUCCAGAUGCUCGGCGACCUCCGCCACCCCAACGUCCUCUCCCCCGUCGGCUACCAUUACCGCAGGGGAGAAAAGCUCAUCGUCUCCGAGUUCAUGCCACGUGGCAGCCUCCUCUACGUCCUCCACGGUGACCAGCGCCCGGACAGGGUGGUGCUGGAUUGGCCGGCGAGGAUGAGGAUCGCCGUCGGCGUGGUGUGAGGCAUGGCGUACCUCCACGAGAAGCUAGGGAUCCCGGCGAUGAGGCUGGUGAGCAUGGACGGCGCCGACUUCGACGCCAUCCACUCCUGCCGCCGUGGACGUCUCACACCACUCGCCGUCUGAGGUUUGCACCGCCUCCACAUCGAGCUGCCCACCGGCGAGCUCGGCAUCGAGGACGGCGUGCUCCUCAAGUGGAAGGCUGACUUCGGCGUACAAGGCCGCCAUGCGCAACUUCCAUCCCAACAGCAACGCCGAUCGGGGGGGAGUAGGUGGAGCUCGUCGGGGCGGGAGGCUGUUGCGUCGCCGGCCGCCACCGCUGGACCUCCCCGUGACCCCGUGGGCCAUGGCACCUGGAGGCUGGAGAGAGGAGGGGAGAGAGAUGGAGAGAGGGGAGAUGGAGAGGGAGGAGGAAGAAGAUGAGGGGUGUUUUUGUGCCAGGUUGAGCCAUGGAAACAAAUGGUACAGAGAAGAAUAACUGUUCCAAAGAGUUGAUGGUACCCUUGGCCCUUUUCGCUGUGGAAUUGAACAGCAAGAAGCGACUGCUGUUUGAUGUUUCAAGCCGAAAGAUCCAUGGGGUAACCAGUACGGUGUUUCCAGAUGCUUUCUGUGAAUUUGAGAAUGGUGGGUGGCUCCUAAUGGCGCAGCACAAGCCGUUGUCCUUCCAAGAUCAGAUCGUGUUCCUUGUUCAUCCUAGCACCGGCACGCACUUGGACCUACCGGUACUUCGUUCUCCUAAUGAGGGGUUCUUUGUUUUCUAUGUUGGUUCUCAUGGAAUGCCUCUAGUGGUUGCAUUCAUUGAGAUCAUGAGUGCUGUUCCAACUGCCCAUAUUGCCUGUCCUGGAGAUGUGUACUGGAGCAUCUAUAAGCAUAUUAGUGAUCCAGAAAUGUCAGAAGCAAUGUACAAGGUCCAGAGUGCUUUGAUCGUUGAUGUGGUGUUGCUGGGGAAACAGGCUGUGUGCGUCGAUUUUCAUGGGCAAAUCUUGUCCUUCAGCAUCACUGAUAUGAUUUGGAGAACAGUGUCAUCUUGUCCUGAUUGGAGUAAACAAGAUUCUCAUUUUCUUGUUGCGUCCAAUGAGCAAGUCGUGGCCAUAUUGCAUCCUUGUAAAACAGGGAGUGCUUUCAAGUUCUUUAAGCUGGAUCUACAAGCAAUGGAGUGGUCACUGCUGGAUGACAGGGAGUUGGAUAAUACCAGCUGGUUCCUUUGUAAGGGCCAAUCGUACCAUGUGAAGGAGGAAGGGAAGAGGAGAGUCUACUUAUUUGGUCCAAAUAAAUGUGCCGGCUCAAUCGUGAAUGGAACUGAGGUGGCCACCUUCACUGGUUCAUUAGGUCCUUCAACACUGAAGUCCAUCACAAAUAUUUAUGCAUAUGAUUUAGUUGAUGAGACUGUUGAGACAGUGAUACCAGCAUCAAUCGUUACAGAAGUGCACCGUUGGAUUCUCCCUAGUACAUUCGCUACUUGAGCUAAAUAGUGCCACAUAUUGGACAUGUGGGCUUGAAUUUGAUUCUACUUUUACUUUUUGUUCUUAUAGGUCUUGAAUUUGUGCAAUUCUCUGUAGGAAACAUUAUCAUUUCUUUUGACAUCUUAUGGAGGCAUACCAUGUAUAUACAUGUAAGCAGCUUUGUAAUUGUACUGGUUACAGAAUGAUCAGUGGUGAAUCUUUAUGGUUUUUGUUCCUAUUGCUA